UUGCCCCUUCACAAACAACACUUCUCAUCUGGAUCUGUUACGGUACCGAUCUAGGCGGAGAUUUCCCCCCCCCUUUGGUGUUCUUCUAAUUUCAUACAUUCCUUAACCGGCUCUCCGGCCUCUUCCGAUGAAGGAAUCUAAAGAAGGAACAAGGGAAAGGGGGCCCAAAUCAUCCUCUGCGAGUUCCCUCCCUCUUAUUCUUGAUGUCCAAGACUUUAAGGGUGAUUUUUCAUUUGAUGCAUUGUUUGGAAACCUGGUGAAUGACCUAUUACCGUCCUUCCUAGAAGAAGAGGUAGAUUCAGCAGAUGGACAUGGCAACAUCAUUGGCAUUGAUGGUUUGGUAAAUGGGCAUAUACGUGCCCCAUCUGACGCAGCCAAGCUAUCUCAGUUGUUGACUGCUCCUUUAUUCCCAGAAGUAGAUAGUCUCUUGUCUCUGUUCAAGGGUGCUUGCAAGGAGUUAGUGGAUCUUCGGAAGCAGAUUGAUGGAAGGCUCAACAAUCUUAAGAAGGAGGUUUCAGCACAAGAUGCUAAGCACAGGAAGACACUUACGGAGAUAGAGAAAGGUGUAGAUGGCCUGUUCGAUAGCUUCGCGAGGUUGGAUGCUCGUAUUUCAAGUGUAGGACAGACUGCUGCAAAAAUUGGAGAUCAUUUGCAGAGUGCAGAUGCUCAGCGAGAAACUGCUAGCCAGACAAUAGAGCUUAUUAAGUACCUAAUGGAAUUCAAUGGCAGCCCGGGGGAUCUUAUGGAGCUUUCCGCUUUGUUUUCUGAUGAUAGUCGUGUAGCAGAGGCUGCUUCUAUCGCUCAGAAAUUAAGAUCUUUCGCUGAGGAAGACAUCGGAAGGCAAGGAAUUGUUGGAGGGACCGCAGUCGGAAAUGCAACAGCUGGCCGAGGUUUGGAAGUUGCAGUUGCUAAUCUUCAGGAUUACUGCAAUGAAUUGGAGAACAGACUUUUAUCUCGUUUUGAUGCUGCGUCACAGCGAAGAGAUUUAUCUACCAUGUCAGAAUGUGCUAAGAUAUUGUCACAGUUUAACAGGGGCACAAGUGCCAUGCAACAUUAUGUGGCAACACGUCCUAUGUUUAUUGACGUGGAAGUCAUGAAUGCGGACACUAGAUCGGUGCUUGGUGACCAGGGUUCUCAGCCUAGUCCUAGCAACAUUGCUCGUGGACUUUCUUCUCUAUACAAAGAAAUUACAGACACUGUACGAAAAGAAGCCGCCACCAUUACAGCUGUUUUUCCUGCUCCAAACGAAGUUAUGGCAAUCUUAGUUCAGAGAGUUCUAGAACAGCGAGUUACCGGCAUUCUUGACAAAAUAUUAGUGAAGCCAUCUCUUAUGAAUCCGCCCCCCGUGCAAGAUGGUGGCCUGUUAUUAUACCUUAGGAUGUUAGCUGUUGCCUAUGAGAGAACGCAAGAACUUGCUAAAGACCUCCGAGCUGUUGGAUGUGGUGACUUGGAUGUUGAAGGGCUGACAGAGUCAUUGUUUUCCACGUACAAGGAUGAAUACGCUGAACAUGAGCAAGCCUCCCUGAAACAACUAUAUCAAGCAAAGAUGGAUGAAUUACGUGCAGAGAGCCAGCAGGUUUCUGAAUCAUCUGGGACAAUUGGACGCUCUAAGGGUGCUUCAAUAUCAUCUUCUCAGCAGCAAAUUUCUGUUACAGUCGUGACAGAGUUUGUUCGUUGGAAUGAAGAAGCAAUCUCCAGAUGCACGUUGUUUUCAUCUCAGCCAGCUAUGCUUGCAGCCAACGUAAAGGCAGUAUUUACUUGCCUGCUAGACCAGGUUAGCAAAUACAUAUCUGAAGGACUUGAAAGGGCAAGGGAUGGCCUAUCUGAAGCUGCAGCAUUGAGGGAGAGAUUUGUUUUGGGCACAAGUGUUAGCAGAAGGGUGGCCGCUGCAGCUGCUUCUGCUGCGGAAGCUGCUGCAGCUGCUGGAGAAAGUAGCUUUAAAUCUUUCAUGGUCGCUGUGCAGCGUUGUGGUAGUAGUGUUGCUAUAGUUCAGCAGUACUUUGCAAAUUCUAUAUCUCGGCUUCUCCUUCCAGUGGAUGGGGCACAUGCUGGUUCAUGUGAAGAAAUGUCAACUGCUAUGUCCAAAGCAGAGACUGCUGCUUAUAAAGGGCUUCAGCAGUGCAUUGAGACUGUGAUGGCCGAGGUAGAAAGAUUACUUUCAUCUGAGCAAAAGUCUACUGACUAUCGAUCACCAGAUGAUGGAAUCGCUCCUGACCACCGCCCAACAAAUGCGUGUACAAGAGUUGUGGCUUAUCUUUCCCGUGUACUUGAGUCUGCCUUCACUGCUUUGGAAGGUCUUAACAAGCAAGCUUUCCUGACUGAACUGGGAAAUAGGUUACACAAACAAUUGCUUAGCCAUUGGCAGAAGUUCACUUUUAAUCCAAGUGGUGGGUUGCGGCUGAAACGUGAUAUAACAGAGUACGGAGACUUUGUCCGCAGUUUCAACGCUCCGUCUGUCGAUGAGAAAUUUGAGCUUCUCGGAAUCAUGGCCAAUGUAUUUAUAGUUGCCCCGGAGAGUCUCUCCACCUUGUUUGAGGGAACUCCAAGUAUUCGGAAGGACGCCCAAAGGUUUAUUCAGCUGCGGGAGGAUUAUAAGAGUGCGAAGCUGGCCACCAGACUCAGCUCCUUGUGGCCAAGCUUGAGCUGAUACCAUCAAGAAGAAGGAGAGGUAAUAUAAUAUGCAUAUCUUCAAAAGCAAAUAUCUUUUUAUGCAAAACCCAUGCGGUUUCACAUCGUCCUCUUUUGUUUGUAUAUUUUGCUUUGGUUUCGUCCUUUUAUUGUUCCGUGAUAGGCAGUUCUUCCGUCGUCCUUCUUGUAACCCUAGUCCUUCAAAUUUGUGGUGGUCAUUAGUUUCGUGUGUAGUUCCAGUCCAAUUCAUGAACGAUUUAUGCAUGUAUAAAAAAAAGGAUAUUUAUGGUAGUGGUACCCUUUCGUGUAUAUAUUUUUAUUUGGAUUG